GGUAGGUAAAGGUAAGGGUAAGGGUACGUCUAUCAUUCUAAUCAGUAGUUCUGGAAUAGAUAAGUUUUUCAUUUUUCGUUUUAAAACAAUUUUGGAAAUUAUAAAGUGCACAUGUUAAAUAUGUCGGAGUAAUUAUCCCAUAAGGUGUUUGAAAAUUACUUCUAUAUUAUCUGCGAAUGCAAAAGCUCAUCAUUUGAUUAUCAAGAAUUUUGAAUCUCGAAUCAACUUGCACUUCUUUCUCGUAAAAAUGGAAAAUAAUUUGUCCAGCAAGUUCGAUCGUUUAGACUUGAAUACUACUGAGUCGUGUAAGGAUAGUAAAAUUGAUCGUACUUGUUCAGCAAGCACUAUGCCUGCUCCAGUGAGCGAAGCUUUAAUGAAAUCUGCCGGCGUUCUGGAGCUGGAUACGAACGCGAAACAGUGCAAAUUCGUCAUCCUAGGGGUGCUCGUGAAUGGUUUUAGAAUCAAUCUUAACCAUCAACCUUUCGCCAACGAAAACACAUUUCAACGAAACUACUACAAAUUUCAAUUCAAUGGCAACUGGUUCUCGUUGUUUUUAAAUGACCAGUUCGCUGGUUUACAUAAGGAAAUAGAUGAUUCUUCCGAUGCCUUUCUGUUCGACGAUUUUCAACUGGGCUAUGAACAGAACGGAGAUCAUAAGUUGGUCGAGACCGCCGGAACGUUGAUAGCAGUGUUUCGAUUAUUGCAAAGAAUUAUGAAUGGAUUCGUUGGAGGAUUAAUGCUACCGCCAAAUGUCUGAAUUGAGAAGAAGAUUGUGAUUUUUAUUUGAAAGUACUCUGAGUUUGAACCUCGAUUUUUAAUAGAAAUAUAAUAUCGAUUAUACAUAUUAUUUGUCCUGCCUUCAUGAUGUGCUAGGCUCUAUACACUAAACAUAGUAUGCUGUUAUUGCUGUUGUUCAAAUACUGUUAUAGUUCUUCGUUAUCAAAUAGGUAUCCUUCGAUUGUAAUUGAUUGCUCAUAACAAUCAGAAGUGACCAAAGGAUCAAUAAUUAAUAAAAAUAAAUUUUCAA